UUCAGCUUUCGCAUAAAUAUGGGCAGUAAAUUCUUUUAUUUCGGCUUCGGUAGUAAUAUGCUGGCCAGUCGGAUCCACAUACAAAACCCCACUGCCAGAAGAAUCGGUGCCGGCAAACUAGAGAACUUCCGCCUGGACUUUCACACAGGAUCGAGAAACUGGUUGGGGGCUCCCGCCACAAUUGUACCCACUCAAGGAUCUCAUGUCUACGGAUCCAUUUGGGAGAUUGAUAUGUGCAACCUCAAGGACUUGGAUGAUCAGGAAGGAGUUUCCGAAGGCAUAUACAUUCCGAUUAGCGUGCCCGUUCACUCGCUGACCACAGAUACCAGCAUCACCUGUCGUGCCUAUCACCUAACGAACCAGCCCCAAUCAGAGCUUCAUGCCGGUGGAGUCCAGGAAAAUAUACCUUACGAUCGUCAGCCCUCACAAACAUACCUCAAGGUCUUGGUAAAGGGAGCCAACGAAACGGGAAUUCCCGAGGAGUACAUAAAAUGGCUGAGGGGCAUAAGGCAUAAUGGCAAACAAGUGCCGCCAAUGGAGGCAAAACUGGAACUGGACCAAGUGAAACUGAGUUGAUUCCAUAGAUCUUUUAUUUAAAUAUUCCACGGAAAUUAUUAAAGUACAAACUUCA